CUUUGCGGUAAGAAGCUUAGCGCCGAUGAUCCUGGCCUUCCUACAACCGUCACAUCUCACCACCUUGCCAAUUGCUCUGAGCUUUGAAACCAAUACCAACGGCCCAACGACAUUUGUACUCGUUAACAAAUUUGAAGUCAAAAUGCCUUCAACAGUGAGCAUCGGCUCAGCGGCAGAGUUUGCUAGCAUCCUCAAGUCAUCUAGUGUUGUUAUCACUGACUUCUACGCCGAUUGGUGCGGACCUUGCAAAACCAUCUCUCCAGUAUUCGAAUCACUCUCUACCAAAUUCUCAAAGCCCCGCGCCAUUACCUUCACCAAAGUCAAUGUGGAUAAUCAACAGGAGAUUGCCCAAAAGUAUGGGGUCAGCGCAAUGCCCACCUUCCUCAUCUUCCGCAAUGGUUCGGUGAUUAAGACUCUUCGUGGUGCAGACCCUCGUGGCCUCACCUCUGCUGUCGAGGAGGCCGUUAAAAUGGCCGCGCCUGCAUCUCCACUCUCAACACCAGGUCGAACACUCGGUGGAACCCCUCUUCCAGGUCGACCUGCCCAAUCGCUACAGCGCCCUGUGUCUUGGAACGUCCGAAAUUUUAUCAAUGCUGUCAUCGCGUUUUUGGGACUUUACUUCACAAGUCUGUUCUCUUUUGACGCUUAUAAGGCCGCUGAGGACAGCGCAUGGAAUGUGAAUAGCGUUCCACCGUCCGGCGGGCCUGGAGCCUGGGUUAGGGGAAGGAAAGUAGGCGGAAGCGCCCCGGCGGCAGGAAGCGCUGGUAGGAGAGUAGGCACGCUAUCCGACCUCUAAGUGUGAGACUGAGUGAAUGCGAUGGAUUGGCGUCAGCGGCGUUAUGCUUGUGGGUGGGAUAUAAUUUAAGAUUAUUAGGUUGUGUUAUAGGCACUAUCAUUUGAACAUUUGAGCGUCUUUGAGCAUUAUCAUUAAU